AUGUCUGCCUCGCCCCUCACGCUUGUCGUGCGCCCGCGUGGUCGUCCGAUCAAGAACCUCCCCGAGGCGAUUACUGUCAACCCGGACGCCCCGACUGCAGACAUCUUCAGGGAGAUUGCCAAGGCCUCAAGAUUCGACAUCAACCGUCUGAGAAUCACAAAAGGCAGCGAUGGCUCGCCCAUCAACAAUGUGGGAGAAGUAACGGUGUAUGACACAGGCCUGAGAAACAAGAGUGCUAUAGAUGUCAAGGACCUGGGCCCCCAAAUAUCAUGGCGAACCGUCUUCAUCGUCGAAUACCUUGGUCCGCUUCUAAUCCACCCACUCGUCUACCUCGCCCGCCCCAUCCUCUACGGCACCUCGGCGCCCGCCUCCCAACUCCAGAAACUCACCCUCGUCAUGUGCGUCCUCCACUUCGCAAAGCGUGAGUACGAAACCGUCUUCGUGCACCGCUUCUCCUCCGCCACCAUGCCCGCGCGCAACAUCUACAAGAACAGCGGAUACUACUGGCUCCUCGCCGGUCUGAACCUCGCCUACUGGACCUACAGCCCGACCAGCCCUGCCGCGAAGCCCUCGUCCCCACUCCUUACUUACCUCGGUCUCGCUCUCUUCGCCGUUGGCGAGGUCUGCAACUACAUGACGCACGUUACGCUGAAGAAUCUGCGCCGGCCGGGCAGCACCGAGCGCGGGAUCCCGCAGGGUCUGGGCUUCAGUCUCGUCACGUGUCCGAAUUACAUGUUUGAGGCGCUGGCGUGGGUUGGCGUUGCGCUGGUGAAUUGCAGUCUCAGCACCGUGCUGUUUAUUAUCGUGGCGGUUGGGCAGAUGGGCGUUUGGGCGUGGAAGAAGGAGAAGCGUUAUCGCAAGGAGUUUGGUGACAGGUAUAAGCGCAAGAGGUAUGCCAUUUUGCCCGGGAUUUGGUAG